AUGCGCUGUUUUCGGGGAAUUUGCAGAAAUAGCGGUAGCAGGUGGAUUCAGACGUCUCGGCGUUUAGCCACCGAGAGCGGUGGGUUUCCUGAAGUGCCUAACGCCGAAGCUCCAGAACCCUCCAAUCCCGAUCCAUACGCCAAUCUUCCAGAGUGCAGCUACUCCUUUGAGGAGGGCGUCUCUUCCGAAGCCACUUCGAAAGUUUACAAGGACAUUCGUUACCACGUCGAAGGAUCGGACCAUUUUGGGCUCGACAGGGCCAAAAUCUCCAUGAAGGACUACUUCGCUGGAGAUCUCCAUCAGAGCCACAAGAUCUUUGUGGGCCAGCACAACAACUACAAGCAGGGCCUGAAGGUUGAGCAGCGGACAUUUUUGGAUCUCCGGCUUGUGCGGCUCAAAUCGGGCAACGGCGGCAAUGGCUGUGUGUCUUUCUUCAGAGAUGCCCAUAGACCGGUAGGACCUCCCGAUGGAGGAGAUGGCGGCGACGGAGGCAAUAUUUACGUUCAGGUUGUGAAAAAUAUGGGACUGUUGCACGGGCUCCAGCGGAGCUAUCAGGCCAAGGGAGGCAGUCCAGGUUCAUCCAGACAACUAGAUGGAAAACGAGGUGAGGAUAUCAUUUUGGAGGUUCCUGUGGGGACGACGAUGCGGUGGAUUCCGGACCCGUUGGCGGUGAAAAAGGAGCUCAAGGGGGUUAGUAUUGCCGAUGUGACGAUGGGAUUGAGAGUCACUCCAGACAAGGAUGUGCAGUUAUAUCGUAACGACUAUAUUCCCGGCGAGGGCUGGACAUUCAAGGAGAAGGACGAGGAGUACCACCAGGAGCGGUCGUAUUUCACGGAAUUGAACGAGCAGGUCAAGGACUACGACAGAGAGAUCAUUGCCGAGGAACUCGCCAACGACCGGUUUCCGUUGAGAGGAUUGGAUUUCGACAAGCCCACGGAAAAACCCAUUUUGAUCAUGAAGGGCGGCCGUGGCGGAAUGGGAAACAUGCAUUUUCUUACCGGCGACGUGAGAAACCCCCGUUUCAGCAAGAAAGGCCGCCAAGGCUUGACGGAGUACUUCAUGCUAGAACUCAAGCUUUUAGCCGACUUGGGGCUUGUGGGCUUGCCCAAUGCCGGUAAACUGACGCUUCUUAGGGCUAUUUCCAAGGCUAGACCGCGUGUGGGGCACUGGGAGUUCACUACUCUUCAACCUACAAUUGGUACGAUUUUCACCCGAAUUGACGAGGACCCCUUCACGGUGGCCGAUAUUCCCGGCAUCAUCAAAGGAGCUUCCGAAAACAAGGGCAUGGGCAUGGACUUUCUCCGCCACAUUGAGCGGUCUGGCGGUUUGGUUUUUGUGGUUUCGCUCGAAUCGAAAAACCCCGCCCAGGAUCUCCAGGUUUUGAUAGACGAGGUGGGCGAAAAGCGCAUGAAGGGCAAGAAAGUCAUGGUUAUUGCCACCAAAGCGGAUCUUACGAAAAACGGCGCCAGCUACACUGAGCUUGUGAAACACAUCCAGAGCAUCAACCCAAACUGGCACUACAUUCCCGUUUGCGCUCCCAAAGGCGAAAACAUCGAAAGUGCAAUCAAGAUGAUGGGUCUGCUUGCACGGAAGGAUCAAGAGGAGAAGUAG